AUGACAUUGACGCCGUCCGCGCCCGAGCACCAAGAUUCAGCCCUACCUGCGUCUCCGUCGGCCAGUUUCUACGCCAUGAGUGACGAUGAAGAGGGCGGCUACAACACCAUUACACAUGCCGAGACGGGGCGCGGCGUGAAGCUGCUGUUUUCCAAGAGCAAGGUCUACGUUCACCCGACCCCUUCGGCAAAGGACAAUAUACCGGGCUACAUAGCCCUGCUGCAACAAAAGCCGCCGACUUCCGGACGCCCAACCUCGUCAUCCUCCCACGAGUCGAUAGCCCCCGGCUCGUCCGAUCUUCUACUGGCUUGGGUUCCGGAAUCAGCACUUGGGGACUCGACCAGCAUAUACGUCAAGGUUGAUCUCUGCGAUGGCGACUCGCCACCAAAACAGUCCUACCUCGUCCCCCCUCCGCCUACCGUCACGUCUCACAGCGGGUCGGUGGGCGGCUACUCCUUUGCUGUUCCCGUCAGCGCCGUCUAUUCUCUCCUUGUGCGGCCACCGAGUAUUGGAUGGUGGUAUGGCUCCAUCAUCAUCAACUCCAGAGCCGGGGAUAGCUUCCCUGCGCUGUUCUUUCACGACAAUGAGUGCCAGAGUACCAUUUUGCAAAAGAAGAAGCUGACCAGGGAUAACUUUGAUCCAUUUGGCGAAUCUGGACAGAUGUUUUGGGGAGCAGACGAAGUCUUACGAUGGCUCAAGCGAUAUGUCAAGAUUGAACGAUCAGGUGCUGAACCCAAUAUCUAUCUUGUAGAGCCCACCAAGGACGACCUUGAAGGGUUCGGCUCCAAGACUGCAGGCGUGUCAAAGCAAAUCACGCCGGGUGAUAAGGCUGCGGGGAGCAGUCGUGAAGCCCAAAUGGAUCCGUUUGUCAAAUUUGUCAAGGAAACGGGCUGGAACAUUAUGAAUCAGUUCAGCAAAGUCACGACGUUUACGAGGAGAGCGGCCCAAGACUUUGCCGAGAAUAACAACCUGCCCCCGCAGGUGAAGAGACUGCUGAGGAACCCCGAAGUACAGACUCUCCAAGAUGAGUUUGAUAGUGCCAGAAUUUACCUUGCCCGUUGGGCCAUGGGUAUUGCGGAGCAAAGCGAGCGGGAUCGACGUGGCCGCAUUUGGACCGUUAAGGACGUCGUUGAUCUGGAGGACACGGAUGUGGGGGAAUUUGAGCUUCUCGAAGGAGCGAGUGCCUUGUCUCUAGAAGAGAGACGGAGACCAGUUACCAUGGCCGAAUGGGAGACGUUUUUUGACCCCGAAACCGGUCGGUUGUCAUUGACCGUGGACGAGGUCAAGGAGCGCAUCUUCCAUGGCGGCCUCGACGCCGAGGACGGUGUCCGCAAGGAAGCCUGGCUAUUCCUUCUAGGUGUAUAUGAGUGGUACGGAACCGCGGACGAACGAAAGGCGCAGAUUGCCUCACUCCGGGAUCAAUAUUACCGGCUGAAGCACUCCUGGUGGGAGAGACUCGAGGGCGACGGGGGCGAAGGCGAAGCAGGAGAAUGGUGGCGGGAACAAAGGGGCAGAAUCGAAAAGGACGUCCACCGAACAGACCGCAAUGUUCCCAUCUUCCAGGGAGAAGAUGCACCCCAUCCCGACCCCAACUCUCCCUUUGCCGACGUCGGCACAAAUGUCCACCUUGAGCAAAUGAAGGAAAUGCUCCUCACAUACAACGAGUACAACAAAGACUUGGGAUACGUCCAGGGAAUGUCGGACCUGCUCUCCCCCAUCUACGCCGUCAUUCAAGACGACGCCAUUGCAUUCUGGGGAUUCCAGAAAUUCAUGGAGCGCAUGGAGCGCAACUUUUUGCGUGACCAGUCGGGCAUGCGUGGCCAGCUGCUCACGCUAGACCAACUCGUCAACUUCAUGGACCCCAAGUUGUGGAACCACCUGCAGUCGGCAGACAGCACCAACUUCUUCUUCUUCUUCCGGAUGAUUCUGGUGUGGUACAAGCGUGAGUUUGGGUGGGUAGACAUCCUGCGGCUGUGGGAGGGCUUGUGGACGGACUACCUGAGCGCCGAGUUUCACAUAUUCGUCGCGUUGGCCAUUCUAGAGAAGCACAGGGAUGUCAUCAUGGGGCAUCUCAAGGCCUUUGAUGAGGUUUUAAAAUAUGUCAACGAGCUGUCCAACACCAUGGACCUCGAAUCAACGCUCAUCCGCGCAGAAGCUCUGUUCCGCAAAUUCCAACGCCUAGUAGAAGCCGUUGACAAGAAACAGAAUUUCCCUGGUCCCAGGGCAAGCUGCUCCUCCGAGGCGCCAUCGCCACAGCCACAGUCACAAACACAGACACCACCCAAGGGCAAAGAAACAGAGACGCAGCAAAAGAUCAUCUCGCCCGAACUCAGGAAUCUGUUAAAUAGAAAAGUUGAGGUCCUGUCUCGCAAGACGGUUGCACAAAAGGGCGACGGCAUGCCUGGGAAGUAA